UGAGCUUAACCUCUUGUUUCCUUACCGUCAUAAGGGCCAUCAAUCACUAUUCACACGUCUUUUUCCCCAUGUCCUCCUCUAGCUGUCUGCGAAAACGGGGUGCUUUGAACGGUGGACGGUGUGUGGCUCCCAAUCGCUGUGCCUGUUCAUAUGGCUUCCACCGGGGCCCAGUGUGAGAGAGAUUACAGGACGGGGCCCUGCUUCGCCUCCAUCAGCAACCAGAUGUGCCAGGGGCAACUGACUGGUAUUGUGUGCACCAAGACCCUGUGCUGUGCUACGGUGGGGCGGGCAUGGGGUCACCCCUGUGAGAUGUGUCCCGCCCAGCCGCACCCCUGCCGUCGCGGCUUCAUCCCAAACCACCGAACAGGAGCUUGCCAAGAUGUGGAUGAAUGCCAGGCAAUUCCGGGGCUGUGCCAGGGAGGAAACUGCAUUAACACUGUUGGGUCCUUUGAGUGCAAGUGUCCUGCUGGGCACCGCUUCAACGAAAUCACUCAGAAAUGCGAAGAUAUUGACGAGUGUUCAACCGUGCCUGGAGUUUGCGGUGUGGGUCAGUGUUCCAAUACAAUUGGGAGUUACUUCUGCAAGUGUUCGCAGGGAUACUACACCCCUCUGGAUGGUUCCAGAUGCAUUGAUGCCCGAACUGGCUACUGCUACUCCAGUCUGCUGAAUGGGCGUUGUGCUAACCAGAACUCCCAGCUCCUUACCAAGGUGCAGUGCUGCUGUGACAGUGGGCGCUGCUGGUCAGAUGGGACCACCGAAAUAUGCCCCACCAGGGGAACUGAGGAGCACCUGAAGCUGUGCACUCAGCAGCCCGUGGGGCCGGGUAUCCCUGGGCGACCUGACCUCAUCCCUGAACUCUUCCCCGAAGGAGUGCCCAGUCCUCCUCACCUUCCUGACCGUCAUCCACUACCUGACCAGGUCCCUCGACCGGGGCCCCAACCUGAUCGGCCAAUUGUCCUGCCCCAGAACAUCACCAACAUGUGUGUGGUUUACCGGAACCUGUGUCUGAAUGGCCGCUGCGUACCCACCCCUGGAAGCUACCGGUGUGAGUGCAACAUGGGAUUCAAGCUGGACAUGCGAGGGGAGUGUGUCGACGAUGAUGAGUGUGAGCGGAGUCCAUGUGUGCAUGGGACUUGUGUGAACAUGGCCGGCUCGUACUUCUGCCAGUGUCCCCCUGGCUUCCAAAGUACUGCUACCAGGACUGAGUGUCGAGAUCUAGACGAAUGUGUGGCUAAUGGGCGUAUCUGUAACAACGGCCGCUGCGUCAACACGGACGGCAGCUUCCACUGCGUGUGCAAUGCUGGCUUUGAGGUUUCCCCUAAUGGGAAGAACUGCCAAGAUCAGGAUGAGUGUCUCAUCAGGAACAUGUGCAUGAAUGGCAUGUGCAUCAACGAGGAUGGCAGUUUCAAAUGCAUCUGCAAACAGGGCUUCCGUCUGGACCCCACUGGCCGCUUCUGCAUAGACAUUGAUGAGUGUGAAACUCAGGGGAUGUGCAUGAAUGGCCACUGCGUCAAUACAGACGGCUCCUUCCGUUGUGACUGCAUGCCUGGCCUAGCCGUGGGACUUGAUGGGCGCGUCUGUGUCGACACACACAUGCGCAGCACAUGCUAUGGAGGUUACAAGAGGGGGCAGUGUGUGAAGCCCUUCUUUGGUGCUGUGACCAAGUCUGAAUGCUGCUGCGCCAAUGCCCAGUAUGCCUUUGGGGAGCCGUGCCAGCCAUGCCCAGCACCAAACUCAGCUGAAUUUUCUGCACUGUGCACUCAUGGACCAGGCACCACAAGUGAUGGUCGAGAUAUAAAUGAAUGUGCAUUGGACCCAGACAUAUGUCAGAAUGGAGUUUGUGAGAACAUGUUGCGGAGCUACAAAUGCAAUUGCAACCUGGGCUUUGAAGUGGACUCCUCAGGCAAAAACUGCAUAGACAUUGAUGAGUGCACGGCCAACAGACUCCUCUGUGACAACGGACUAUGCAGGAAUACGCCUGGCAGCUUCACUUGCCACUGUCCCAAAGGCUUCGUCUUUGACCCGGAGACGGACGUGUGCGAAGAUAUUGACGAGUGUGAGUCCAACCCCUGUGUAAACGGGGAGUGCAAAAACAAUGUGGGGUCCUUCUACUGUCAGUGUCCAUCAGGCAGCACCACAGACAGCUCUGGAACUCAGUGUGUGGAGACUACUAAAGGAACGUGCUGGCUCAAAGUUAUUGACGGGCGGUGUGAAAUCAACAUCAACGGAGCAACGCUCAAGUCACACUGCUGCGCCACUCUUGGAGAAGCAUGGGGCAGCCCUUGCUCUGUGUGCCCAAAAGAUCCACUUUGCUCUAAAGGGUACGCGCCUGUCAAAGGGAGCACCUGUGAAGAUGUGAACGAGUGUGAGGUGUUUCCCGGAGUGUGCAUCAAUGGGAAGUGUGUGAACACAGUGGGGUCGUUCAUGUGCCAGUGUCCUACAGGCAUGACAGUGGACACCUCUGGCCGAACCUGCAUUGACCUGCGCAUCGAGCAGUGCUUCCUCAGCCAUGAGGACGAGCGCUGUGCCUCCCCCAUCCUGGGGAGACACCGCAUUGAUGCCUGCUGCUGCUCGGUGGGUGUGGCCUGGGGACCAGAGUGCGAUGAAUGCCCUGAGAAAGGCUCGCCCGAGUAUGCCCUGCUCUGCCCACGGGGGCCUGGCUUCUCCCAUCGGGGCGACUUCUUCAAUGGCAAGCCCUUCCUUAAAGAUAUAAAUGAGUGUAAGAUGAUCAGCACUCUGUGCACCAAUGGCCGGUGCCGAAACACUGUGGGCAGUUUCAAGUGCCGAUGUGACAGCGGAUUCGCCUUGGACUCAGCUGAAAGGAAUUGCACUGACAUCAACGAGUGCCAGAUCUCGCCAGACCUUUGUGGCCAUGGCACCUGUGUCAAUACAGUGGGAGACUUCAUGUGCAAGUGUUUCCAGGGUUAUGAGAGCGGUUUCAUGAUGAUGAAGAACUGCAUGGACAUUGACGAGUGUGAAAGGAACCCUUUGCUAUGUCGGGGUGGGGAGUGUGUUAACACAGACGGCAGUUUCCAGUGUGUCUGUCCUGAGGGGCAUGAGGUUGCAAUGGAUGGGUCAACCUGCCUGGAUAUUAAUGAAUGUAAUUUAAGCGAUAAACUGUGCAGGAAUGGGCAGUGUGUGAACAUGAUUGGGCGCUACCAGUGUACCUGUGACACAGGAUACAAAUCCACAGAGGAUCACCUCUCCUGUGUUGACAUUGACGAGUGUACCAUCCAGAAUGGUGGCUGUGAGACAUUCUGCACAAACUUGGAAGGCAGCUACGAGUGCAGCUGCCACAGUGGCUAUGCCCUCAUGCCGGACCACAGGAGCUGCACAGAUAUUGAUGAGUGUGAAGAGAACCCAGACAUCUGUGUUGGAGGCCAGUGCACCAAUAUCCCUGGAGAAUACCAGUGCUUGUGCUUUGAUGGCUUCAUGUCCUCAGAGAACAUGAAAACCUGUCUCGAUGUGGACGAGUGUGAGCUCAACCCAAACAUCUGCCUGAACGGCAAAUGCGAGAACACCAAGGGCUCGUUCAUCUGCCACUGUGACCUGGGCUACUCAGUCAGGAAAGGAUCGACGGGCUGCACAGAUAUCAACGAGUGUGAAAUCGGAGCUCACAACUGCCACAGGCACGCCUCCUGCACAAACACCGCUGGCAGCUUCAAAUGCAGCUGUAGCAUGGGCUGGAUAGGGGAUGGGAUCAAGUGCACAGACCUGGACGAGUGCUCCAACAGCACCCACAUGUGUAGCCACAAUGCAGAGUGCAAGAACACUAUGGGAUCAUACCGUUGUCUAUGCAAGGAUGGCUUCAGUGGGGACGGGUUCUUCUGCACAGACAGUGACGAGUGUGCAGAGAAUGUGAACCUGUGUGAAAGUGGCCAUUGCCUGAACAUACCGGGAGGCUACCGCUGCGAGUGUGAUAUGGGCUUCAUCCCCACUCCGGAUGGGAAGGCAUGUGAAGACAUAGACGAGUGUACCUUUGCUGACAUCUGUGUCAAUGGUAGGUGCCAUAAUACACCUGGCCUGUUCAGGUGUGAAUGCCACACCGGGUAUGAACUGGACAGGAGUGGAGGCAACUGCACAGACAUCAAUGAGUGUGCUGACCCGACAACUUGCAUCAGCGGAAUCUGCGUCAACACCCCUGGCAGCUACAUCUGCAACUGUCCCCCAGGCUUUGAGCUCAAUCCCACUCGUGUUGGCUGCGUGGACACCCGAUCAGGGAACUGCUACCUGGAUGUCCGGUCGAGGGGGGAUGCAUCGGAGAGCCUGGAUUGCUCCAAUGAAAUCGGCGUGGGGGUGUCCAAGGCCUCCUGCUGCUGCUCACUGGGCCAGGCCUGGGGAACACCGUGUGAAGCAUGUCCCCCGCUCAACUCCUCUGCAUACAGGAUCUUGUGCCCAGGUGGUGAAGGCUUUCGACCAAACCCUAUUACCGUCAUUCUGGAAGAUAUAAAUGAAUGCCAGGAGCUCCCUGGCCUGUGCCAAGGAGGAAACUGUAUCAAUACCUUUGGGAGUUUCCACUGUGAAUGUCCUAAGGGUUAUGAGCUUAACGAGGAGACCCGAAUCUGUGAAGAUGUGAAUGAGUGUGAGAGACCUGGGAUCUGUGGUCCGGGCCAGUGCUACAACACCAUCGGAAACUACACUUGCAUCUGCCCUCCUGAUUACAUGCAGGUCAACGGUGGAAACAACUGCAUGGACAUGAGGAGGAGUCUGUGCUACAGGAACUUCUAUGAUAACGGCACGUGUGAUGGAGAGCUGACGUUCAACAUGACCAAGAAGAUGUGCUGCUGCUCCUAUAAUAUCGGCCAGGCCUGGAACCACCCAUGUGAACAGUGCCCAAUUCCCAGCACCAAUGAUUUUUCCAUCCUAUGUGGCAGUGAGAGACCAGGAUAUUACAUUGACUUUUACACCGGACGGGUUAUAGACAUUGAUGAGUGCAGGGAGAUCCCGGGUGUGUGUGAGAAUGGCGUGUGCAUCAACAUGCUGGGCAGUUUCCGCUGCGAGUGCCCUAUGGGCUUCAUCUACAAUGACAAGCUGCUCAUCUGUGAAGACAUUGAUGAGUGCCAGAAUGGACCAGUGUGCCAGAAGAAUGCAGUGUGUCUGAACCUCCCAGGCAGCUACCGCUGUGAGUGCAAGCCUGGCUACCACUUCACCCCCACUGGACAAUGCCUUGAUCGUAAUGAGUGCACAGAGAACCCCAACAUCUGCACCCCUGGCCAGUGCAUUGACACGGUGGGGAGCUACCGGUGCGUUUGUCCCAAUGGAUUCAAGCCAACACUGGAUGCAUCUAUGUGCAUCGAUGUUGAUGAGUGUGAGAGGCAGCCGUGUGGGAACGGGACGUGUAAAAACACGGUGGGAUCCUACAGCUGCCUGUGCUACCCAGGCUUCCAGCUUUCCCACAACAACGAUUGCAUUGACACAGACGAGUGCACCACACAGAGGGGCCUGUGCAGGAAUGGGGACUGCAUAAACACACUGGGCUCAUUCAUCUGUGUCUGCCGCGAUGGUUUUGAGCUCACGCCCGAUGGCAGGGUCUGCGUGGAUAUUAAUGAGUGCUUGGUGACUCCCGGAACCUGUGGCCCUGGAACCUGUCAGAACCUGGAUGGCUCCUACAGGUGCAUCUGUCCGUCUGGGUACUACCUGACAGAUGAGAGAUGUGAAGACAUCGAUGAGUGCAUCCAGACCCCAGACAUCUGUUUGUUUGGCACCUGCUCCAACACAGCUGGCAGCUUCAAGUGUCUCUGUCCUCCGGGCUUCCAGCUUUCCUCCUCAGGGAGGAGGUGUGUGGAUUUCCGGGUGAACUACUGCUACACCAAGUUUGAGGGUGGGCGAUGCCAAGCCCCCCGACCACUCAACACCACCAAGGCAGAGUGCUGCUGCAGCUUUCUGCCAGGGCAGGGCUGGGGGGACCCUUGCGAAAUCUGUCCCACCAAGAAUGAAGUGGGAUUCAGCAUGCUGUGUGGAGGCAACGGGCAGAUCAUAGGCCCAGACGAUAACACCAUUGACAUUGACGAGUGUGUGGCGAACCCUGGCAUCUGCCACAACGGCCAGUGCAUCAACACAGAUGGGUCUUUUCGCUGCGAGUGCUCAUUCGGGUAUCGGCUAGACUUCACUGGCAUCAGCUGCGUUGACACUGAUGAGUGUGAGCUGGGAAACCCCUGCGGCAAUGGGACAUGCCAAAACACAAUUGGGGCGUUCAAGUGCUUAUGUGACGAUGGCUUCGAACCCGGGCCCAUGAUGCAGUGUGAAGAUGUGAAUGAGUGCUCCCAGAACCCUUUGCUGUGUGCCUUCCGCUGUGUGAACACACUGGGCUCUUAUGAGUGUAGAUGCCCCCCUGGCUACGUCCUGCAUGAGGACAAGAGAAUGUGUAGAGACCAGGACGAGUGUGAGGAUGGGGUUGACGACUGUGACAAGAAAGGAAUGACCUGCAAAAAUCUGAUCGGCACAUACGUGUGUAUCUGCUCACUUGGAUACACCAGACAGCCCAAUGGAGAUGGCUGCAUGGACUUGAAUGAGUGCUUCACCAAGCCAGGAAUCUGUGUGAAUGGUCGGUGUGAGAACACAGUUGGCAGCUACCGAUGCAAAUGUGACCAGGGCUUUACUGCCAACCCCACACAGACUGAGUGCAUUGAUAACAGGCUGGGAUUCUGCUUCAGGGAGGUUCUGCAGACGCUGUGCCAGGUGGCCUCCAGAAGCCGUAACAGUGUCACCAAGUCUGAGUGUUGCUGCGACGGGGGGCGUGGCUGGGGGUCCAACUGCGAGCUCUGCCCGCUGCGUGGCACCACGGCCUACAAAAAAAUGUGCCCACUCGGGCCUGGCUAUACCACUGAUGGCAAAGACAUUGAUGAGUGCCAUGUCAUGGGAAACCUCUGCCAUAAUGGGCAGUGUGUGAACACACUUGGUUCCUAUAACUGCAUCUGCAAACCAGGGUACACCACUGACAUCACUGACACUACCUGCAUAGAUGUGGAUGAGUGCAUCCAGGCACCAAAACCUUGCAACUUCAUCUGCAAAAACACAGAGGGGGGUUACUUGUGCUCCUGUCCCAGAGGCUACAUCCUGCAGGUGGAUGGCAAAAGCUGCAAGGAUCUGGACGAGUGCUCCACCAAACAGCACAACUGCCAGUUCCUGUGUGUCAACACCAUUGGUGGUUUCACCUGCAAGUGUCCCCCCGGGUUCACUCAGCACCACAUGGCUUGCAUUGACAAUAAUGAGUGUGCCACAGAGCCAGGCCUGUGUGGGUCCAACGGGGUGUGUCGGAACAGCCCUGGCAGCUUCAACUGCGAGUGCCAGCGUGGGUUCUCCUUGGACCAGAGUGGCCAGAAUUGUGAAGACAUGGAUGAAUGCGAUGGGAACCACCGAUGCCAACAUGGCUGCCAGAACCUGGUGGGUGGAUACCGGUGCAGCUGCCCACAGGGGUACCUCCAGCACUACCAGUGGAACCAGUGUGUGGAUGAGAACGAGUGUCAGAACAGCCAGAUCUGUGGGGGUGCCUCCUGCCACAACACACUGGGGAGCUUCCGCUGCCUGUGCCCCACUGGCUUCAGCUACAAGCAGCACAGCGGGGCCUGCCAGGACAUCAACGAGUGCUCCUCCCCCCAGAACCCCUGCAGCUACGGCUGCUCCAACACCGAUGGUGGCUACCUAUGCGGAUGCCCACCCGGCUACUACAGGGCAGGGCAGGGGCACUGCAUAUCUGGGGUUGGCCUUGGGAGCAUGGGCACAGGACCUGAACAGGGGGGAGAGACGGAUGACAAUUCCCUCUCUCCUGAGGCCUGCUAUGAGUGCAAAAUCAACGGCUUCCCUAAGAAGGGCAGGAGUCGCCGGAGUGCCAACAGAACAGACAAAUGGCCGCUGGGAGAGUCUCAGAAUGAUCAGGAGACCAUCAGCUUGGCCAGUGUGGACAUUGAAGACACCCUCCUGUUCAACUUCAACAUCAGCAGUUUGACCAACAGAGACCACCUCUUGGAGCUAACCCCUGCUCUCUCCACUCUCACCAAGCAUGUUCGCUAUGCCAUUGACUUUGGGAACGCUGAAGGCCUCUUCAAGAUCAAUGAGAAGGAAGGAAUAAGCUACCUUCACCUGACUAAGAAGAAACCGCUCCAUGGAGCAUACUACUUACAGAUCAGCAGCGUGCCGCUCUAUGGAGAGAAGGAGCUCGCUCGCCUGGAGGACAAGCAUGACAAAGACUACCUCAUGGGACAGCUGGGGGACAUGCUGAGAAUGAGGGUGCAGAUCAUACUCCAUUAACUGCCAGAAGCAGAAAGGGCCUGUAACCAAAGAGACAGAAGAAAAUGAAGGCUGAGGAUAAUUAUUUUCCCCAAAACUAACCACUGUCUUUCACCUGGUUUUAAGAAGCUCUUAAUAUGGUUUUGAAUGGCGGUAGGUUGAUUUUCACGACACUUAGUGUGAAUCAGGUGGAGGCACCGCGGCUGAGGGAUA